CGCUGGUUGCCGGUGAGCCUUCAGCAUCGGGGCUGGGCUGAGCAGCUCCUCUUCCUCACGGGGUGCAGGGUGCCCUGGCACCUUGACUUGGUCCUCCCUAGCCCGGAGCAGCAGGAGAGCGUGGCACUGCACAAGGGAUGUUCGGACCCUGCCCAAGAGCUUCUGUGGGACUUCUGAACCUGCUGUGGGCAGCACAGAGGCGGUGGUGGAUGGGAACAGAGCACUGAGGGCAUCCAGCUGCUCCAUGCUUUCUCCAUGUCCAGCUGAAUUGAGGAAGAAAGCGCCUCUGCCUAAGGUCCAAAGUCCCCAUAUCCUGCUGUCGAGCAUCGCUUCCCCCUUUCCGGGCGCUGCCCAUCUCUGUGCUGAGCCCAGCAGCAGUUUAUGCCACCAGCUGUGGUUUUUUGACUUGCCCCCACAUGGGCAAUACGUGCUUGUCAUUCUUGGGGUGAGAAAGCUCGGCUCUAUCUACAGCACCCGCAGCUCGGAUGCUAAAAUGAUGUAACCCUAGGGUCGUUUGUGCAAACCCUGAUGAGGUUAUAGAAGCAGCAGAGACGUGUAGUCCAGCCUUCGUGCACUCAGCCCCCCUUGGGGAUUUAUCAAGCUCGUAUAAUGGCGUUUUCCAAUUUGUCCAAUUACUUGGAUGAUGUUGAUAACUACAGCGACUACCCAGAUUACCCCUAUGAGGACACCAGCAGCGUGUGGACAGAGCCAUCCCAUGACCCGAAGGACAUCGCAAGGAUUAUCUCUGUCAUCAUCUACAGCGUGUCCUGCGUGUUGGGCAUCCUGGGGAAUGGCCUUGUCAUCGCAAUCAUAACCUUAAAGAUGAAGAAGUCAGUCAAUGCUGUCUGGUUCCUCAAUCUGGCCGUCGCCGAUUUCCUGUUCAACAUCUUUCUGCCCAUAAACAUUACUUACACUGCCAUGCGGUACAACUGGAUCUUUGGGACAGUCAUGUGCAAGUUGAACUCAUUCCUCCUCAUCCUCAACAUGUACACCAGUGUCCUUCUGCUCACCACCAUCAGCUUUGAUCGCUACGUAUCAGUGGUUUUUCCCGUCUGGUCUCAAAACCAUCGGUCAACCAACCUAGCGUAUUUAGUUUGCUUGGUUAUCUGGACCAUUGGCAUCAUUAUGAGCUGCCCAUCUCUUGUCUUCCGAGACACAGCACAAACCCGCAACUCUGUGAUUUGUUUUAGCAACUUUUCCCUCUCCAGGAACAAGUCUUACCAAGCCCUGGCACUAAUGAGGCACCGAACGGUGAACAUCACCAGGUUCCUCGCUGGGUACAUCCUUCCCAUAACGAUCAUCACUUUCUGCUACAUUGCCAUCGUCUUAAACUUGCGUCGAAACCGCCUUGCCAAGUCCAAAAAGCCCUUCAAGAUCAUCAUCACCAUAAUAAUCACAUUCUUCCUUUGCUGGAGUCCCUACCAUCUGUUGAAUCUCCUGGAAACAAAGCCCGACAUGAUCCCACACUCUGUAUUUGAGAUCAGCAUCCCCAUAACCACAGCGCUCGCUGCCUCCAACAGCUGUAUGAACCCCGUCCUCUAUGUCUUCAUGGGCCAGGACUUUAAGAAGUUUAAGGUCACCAUCCUUUCCAGGCUGGUGAACGCUCUCAGUGAGGAGAUGGGCCACUCUAGCAUUGUUCACAGGAGCUUCUCCAAGAUGUCUUCAAUGACAGAGAAGGAGACAACAGUCCUCUAAGCCCAACCUAGAUGCCUACAGGACUGCCAUAGUCUUCUUGUGUUGCCCGUGCCCCGCACUAUGAUGGUGGCCACCCUUUCAGUGGCCUUUGGUGUGGAAUGAGCAUGAUCCAAUGCUGUCCUAUAAAGUAUUCUUUGACUGGUCUUGCUGCUUGGGGGCUGGCAGGUGUUGGAGACCAUUGCUCUGUGCACAUGGAGAAGAUACAACCACCCUUAAUCGUUCUUUGUGAUUGCAAAGAUGAUUGCACCAAACUAAGAAAACAUUUCAGGGCAUUCCUGGCUAAUCUAUACAUUGCCUGGCCUGGAAAGGGCAUUCCAACUGCUUCCAUAGACAUCAUUAUGGGAAUACUAGGGAGAGGAUGGUCUGGGAAAGCACCCAUCCAGAUUCCCAAGGUGGGUGGUUGAGUGGGUGUCCACCAUGGAGGGCUGCAACGGCAAAGCUGGUGACAUUCUACCCAUGUCCCAUGUAUGCAGAUACUUUCUUGUGUUAAAGUAUAUUGGUACUGGCACAAUACGUUCUUAAUUGUCUUGUGAGCACUUUGUACCCAGAGAGGCCCUGGAAAGUGUCCUCAUAAGGGAGGCUUGAAUGUCCCAACCUCAAUGAACCAGCAAAUCUCACAUCUUCUAAGUGAUCCAGACCAAGGGCCACCUGUCAGGGUGGGGAAUGGGCUCGUGCAUGGGGUGACCAACAUGGAAAUCUGGGAGGAAAAAGAGAGAAAGAAUCUUAUGAAGUGCGUUUUGAUCAAACCCCAUUUCGACAGGCACAUUUCACACGGUACGUUUUGCAGAGUGGUUUGGUGCUUGGGGCUAUGACUCCCAGCAGCUCCUUGCCAAGUGCCUGGGUGGCACUAGGGAGCAGCUCCAUGGGCUGUCCUGUCCCGGGAGAGGAUCUGCAGAGCACCCAGUAUCCAGCCGCAGGCAUCUCCACAUCCCCUAGGGGCUGGGAACUGGCACUGAGCAACGCUGGCCACUUUUCCAGGGAAAAAGCUGCCUGCAGGGACCAUCGACAUUUUUUCCCCCACCGAACCUGUGCGUGAUGCGCAGCCUUAGAAGAUGCUGUGAUCGAGGAUGCUGCAGGGGAGGGAGGGUUUGGUGAUGAGAGAAGGCUCUCCUUGCUCAUGUUGCACAGCAUUUAAUUACCUGCUCAAACAUCCCGUGGUUCAUCUUAGUGGUCGGACAGUAUGGAUGGGACGGACAAGGCAGAUGGACAGAAGGGGGGACACACAGAACCAGCAGAGGCAGAGCAGGAGCCCAACACCACUUUAGGGAACAGGGGGGGAUGGGAUGCACCCCAGAACCAGCAGCCACUGGUUCUUUUUAGGCUCGAGGUUUGGGGCAGGUGAAGAGCUGGGUCGGGACCAGGUGCAUCUGGGUUUCCCUUUCCCUGCUACAGGAGGGGUUUGGGGGCAGCGUGGGUCAACGUGCACGAGACAGGAUAUAACUGGGUAGCCUGUAUCACCCAAGGACCCAGCACCGUGCCUUUGCCCCUCAGUCCAGCGGUGGGAUGCUCCCGGGCCGUGCUGGAGUAGGGAUACUCCCCUCUCAUUUUUGUGACUGUAUUUUGCAACCCAUCUCUUAUUACAGAGAACAGCUUUCCAAGGAAAAAAAAAAGCGAUGACUUGGUACAAAACCUUGGGUUAAAUCAUCAUUAUAAUGACAGCUUGGGAAACCUAAUAUUUGAGUUUGCUUUUGUAGCUGUUUGCCUAUUUAAUAAAAAAUCUGUUUUACAUGCAAAUACUCCCGGUACGUGCUGAAAUUCGUUGUGCGGAG